GCAGGCGUGAGAAAGUGAGGCCACUCGCACCUCCUCCUUGGAGUCUCCUUGAAGAUCAAUGCCCGCCUGCCCGUCGUGGCACCGUGGCACCUGCAAUCCUUCCUCGACCAGGCCAAGCGGAGAGCUUCCUUUCGCCUCGAACGCGCGCCCGACUGUCACCUGCGCCGCCCGGCGGGAAGAUCAAAUUCCGUCCGAAGCUGCCCUCUCCGUCGAGCUUUUCCCCCACUGAGUUGUACCCGCGACCUCCCGCGCUUAUGCUAGGUACAGCCAUGCAAGCCCUGGACGCAUAUGCUGGGCCCGCCUCCUUCCUAACGCCGCUCGGAUAUCAGUCGAGCUCUUGCGGCUAUUGCAAGAAUGAAGAUACGAGCGCCGCGUAUUAUGCGAACACAAAGGAGCUGAACGUUGAACACUAUCAGGCCUUGGUGGACCGAGGAUGGAGGCGCUCAGGCACUCUGCUCUACAAGCCCGAUGUGUUGAGGGCCUGUUGCCCGCACUAUACUAUCAGGCUCCCGACUGUGGAGUUCCACCCGGCCAGGGAUCAAAGGCAGGCGGUGAGUCGAUGGAAUAAGUUCGUCCUUGGGGAACCGUACAUCAGUGAAGCAAAGAAACGAUACCCGAAGAGUAAAGAGGACAAAACUCGGCAGCGGAACACGUUCGACUUGUUUGAAGCAGUCCACGAGGCGGAGUAUUCCAACCUCAAGCGGCCACCUGAGCCAGCCCACCGCUUCGAGGUGACUUUGGAACCCGACAACUUCACCGAGGAGAAGUUUCAGUUGUUUUCCAACUAUCAGCAGGCCGUCCACCAUGACAAGCCCGAAGAGGUUACGCGUAAGGGGUUCACAAGAUUUCUAUGCGAUUCUCCUCUUCGGCAUCAUCGUUCAGACAAAGAUUCCACUGCUGCAAAGCUGGGUUCCUUUCAUCAGUGCUACAGGUUAGACGGGCGUCUCAUCGCGAUAGCCGUGCUUGACCUUCUCCCACACGCUGUUAGCGGCGUCUACUUCAUCUAUCAUUCGGAUUUUGAGAAAUAUUCUUUCGGCAAGAUAAGCGCACUGCGUGAAGCAGCGCUGGCCGAAGAACUCGGGCUCGAGUACUAUUACAUGGGUUUUUACAUUCACAACUGUAGAAAGAUGCGAUACAAGGGCGAUUACCGCCCUCAGUAUGUGCUCGAUCCUGAGUCGUACGAGUGGGCUGUUCUGGAUGACGAACUGCGGGCCUUGAUGGACGAAAAGAAGUACGUGUCGAUGGCGCGGGAGAACAAGCUGAAGAAAAGGCAAACCGAUGUUGCCGGGGGAGAUACUCCUAUGAGGGGGGCGGAGGCAACUGAUGUUGAAGAGGAAUGGAAGUUCUCCAGUUCUCCCGCUCGUGCGGCUCAGGCUGCGGAUGAGGGUGUAUCCAUACUUGAUUUAGGCAUGCCUGGCGUGCCAUCGCCAAGCGAACUUUUGGAGAAGUUUGAUCUUGACAACAUUCAAAUGGCGGUGCCCCAAGCCGGCUUGAUUGUCAAGAUGACAGACCUUGUGGCCUGGGAACAGGGUGCGGUGACGGACAAGCGCUCACUGAAGGGACACAUUUCUGAGCUGGUUGCAUGUGUCGGGCCGGAGGUCGCGGGCGAGAUGGUAGUCAAGUUAACCAUAUAGACGAGACCUACUCGAUAGACAUGGGUGUUCCACAAGACCCCCAUUCGAAACGCGUGCUAGGUAGAACAGAAAAUGAUCAUGGGGUAGAAUGACUCAAGGAACUACUUCUGCUUUUAAG